UUUUCCUUUCAUUCCUUCUACAUCACAUUUCUUAUGAUCUUUGUCACACACUCCUAAAUAAAAUAGAACCAAAGUUUACGUGAAAAAGGAUGCAAAAAGUAUGAAUUCGAAGUUCCAAGUAUUCUCAAAGGUCGUUACAACAAGAUCCCCAUUGAAAGCUGUGUAAAAUUUCCAAGUAAAGCAAAUAAAAAACCUUUACCUCUUCAAAAAUGAUUUGAUUCAUUUUAAAAAACAAACUCUUGGGUUUGAUUUCGAUUAUUUUUUUAAGUUCUAACCUAAAAUGUUGAAGGAAAAAGGACAGUUAAAAUUUGAAGACAAAUGGCCUCAUAUGGGACCAAUCGUCUUAAAACUUCUUAAACAAAAACCAGUUUCUCCUUCAGAAUGGCAAGAACUUUUCUAUGAUGUUCACUUAGUAUGUCUGUGGGAUGAAAAGGGCCCCGCAAAGCUUAGAGAUCAGUUACAAGAUGAUAUUGUACAGUUCAUAAAACAAGCCCAAUCCAGGGUAUUGGCUCAUAGACAAGAAGAGGCUCUGUUAAAAGCUUAUAUAGCAGAAUGGAGGAAAUUUUUCACUCAGUGUAACUAUUUGCCUACGCCUUUUAGACAGCUUGAAACCAGUUUGCAGGGCAAACCAGCAUCUGUUAAUUCUAGUGUACAAAAUAAUAGUGGCAAAAAGAAUCCUGGUGAAGAGAGUAUAGUGAGAAAAUUAAUGUUGGAUUCAUGGAAUGAAAGUAUAUUUAGUGAUAUUAAGUAUAAGUUACAAGAUAGUGCUAUGAAAUUGGUGCAUGCCGAAAGAAAUGGAGAAGCUUUUGAUUCGCAAUUAGUUAUAGGUGUUAGGGAAUCUUAUGUAAACCUUUGUUCGAAUCCUGAAGAUCGACUACAAAUAUAUAGGGAAAACUUCGAGGCUGCCUAUAUUCAAAGUACAGAACUAUUUUAUCGCCUUAAAGCUCCCGAACAACUUAGUAGCAAUGGAGUACAAGCUUAUAUGCGUUAUGCAGAUGCCAAAUUGAGGGAGGAAGAAACUAGAGCUCAAAGAUAUUUAGAAGCCGGUAGCAACGGUGUUAUACAGUGUUGUGUUAAAGUGUUAGUGGGAAAUGAACUACCAGUGUUAUUAGCCGAAUGUGCACCUCUAAUAAAAGCCGGUGAAACUGAGAGAUUACAAUUGAUGUUUAGGUUAUUAGAACGUGUACCAGAAGGAGUACAACCCAUGUUAAGAGAAUUAGAGAAUCAUAUAACGCAAGCAGGACUUGCAGAUAUGGUAGCAGCUGCAGAUGUUAUCACUCAAGAUUCGGAAAAAUAUGUAGAAAGGUUGUUGGAACUUUUUAGGAAGUUUAGUAAAUUGGUACACGACGCAUUUUCAGAUGAUCCGAGAUUUUUAACGGCCAGGGAUAAGGCUUUCAAGGCUGUAGUAAAUGACACCACUGUUUUUAGGUUAGAACUUAGUACUGGUAGAAAUGUAGGAGCCAAAGCUGUAGCUCCGGAAAGCAAAUGUCCAGAAUUACUAGCGAAUUAUUGCGAUAUGUUAUUAAGGAGAACUCCUUUAUCUAAAAGGCUGACUAGCGAAGAAAUCGAAAGUAGAUUGAAAGACGUCCUUUUAGUAUUGAAAUAUGUAUCGAAUAAGGAUGUUUUUAUGAGAUACCAUAAGGCACAUUUAACUAGAAGAUUGAUUCUAGACGCUAGCGCCGAUAGCGAAAAGGAGGAAGAUAUGGUCGAAUGGCUCCGAGAAGUUGGUAUGCCUGCCGAUUACGUGAACAAAUUAGCGAGAAUGUUUCAAGAUAUUAAAGUGAGCGAAGAUCUUAACGGACAAUUUAGAAUGUCGACGGCCAGACACGACGCCAUAAAUAUAAAGAUCUUGAACGCCGGUGCGUGGGCAAGGGGUUCCGAAAGAGUUACCGUUAGUUUACCUGUAGAAUUGGAAGACUAUAUACCGGAAGUCGAGGAAUUUUAUAAGAAGAAACAUUCAGGAAGGAAAUUGCAAUGGUAUCAUCAUAUGAGUAAUGGAACAAUAACUUUUUCGACAGCCGGAGGUAAAUUCGAUCUGGACGUUACCACUUUUCAAAUGGCUGUAUUAUUUGCUUGGAAUCAAAGGCCUCAUGAUAAAAUUAGUUAUGAGAAUCUCAGAUUAGCUACAGAAUUACCGGAUGGUGAAUUGAGAAGGACUCUAUGGUCUCUAGUCGCUUUUCCAAAGUUGAAACGCCAGUUAUUAUUAUUUUAUCCAAAUGCCAGUGUUCCCAAAGACUUUACUGAACAUACUGUGUUUUGGGUCAAUCAGGAUUUCGCCUUGAUAAAAAAUGGAAAAUCACAAAAAAGGGGGAAGGUAAAUUUGAUAGGUAGGUUGCAGUUAAGUACAGAACGUUCACAAAUGGAAGAUAAUCAAUCAAUAGUACAAUUGAGGAUACUUAGGACGCAGGAAGCUAUAAUAAAGAUAUUGAAAAUGCGAAAGAAAAUAUCGAAUAUCGCUUUACAAGCUGAACUAGUGGAUAUUUUGAAAAAUAUGUUUUUACCUUCGAAAAAGAUGAUAAAAGAACAGCUGGAAUGGCUUAUUGAACAUAAAUAUAUGAAGAGGGAUGAUGAUGAUAUAAAUACUUUCAUUUAUAUGGCAUAAUGAUAUGAUUAAACUGAUUUUGUUUUAUAUAUAUGUUUUUUUCAUCAAAUAAAUAAAAUAUUUAUUAUAAAAUUAAUAAAA